AUGUUCUCCUCGGUGCGGCGCUGGCUGCGCAACAACAGGACCCCAAUUGCCGUCGGCGUUGGCGUCGUCGGCGCCGGCUACGUCGUCACCCAAUAUGUCCUGUCCAAGCUCAACGACGCGCGCGAGCGCAUGAGCAGCGAGCGCAUCGCCAAGGAAAACCUGCGCCGGCGCUUCGAGCAGAACCAAGAGGACUGCACCUUUACCGUGCUGGCCCUCCUCCCGACAGCGACGACGAAUGUCCUUGCCGCGCUCAACACCGAGCAAAUCACAUACGAGAUCCAGCAGAUCAAAGGGGUCACCAAGGGCAUCAAGGCGGGGAGCACCGAGUCGACCGCCAGCCCGCCCAGCAUCGCGGAUACGACCAUGACGGAGGAGGACGGCAAGAGCAUGGCCAGCUUGCAGAGCGAGAGCGGCGUCCACGCCAGCCAGGUCGUCGCGCCGUCGCCAUUUGCGGCGUCGGGAGACGCAGGCCAGCAAGACGGCGGCGCGCAAAGGUCACGCAAGACCAAGAGGCAGCUCUGGGAUGACCUGACCAUCAGCGCCGUCACAAGAGCCUUUACCCUCAUUUACACCCUCGCCCUCUUGACCAUGUUCACCCGUAUCCAGCUCAACCUGCUUGGCCGACGCAGCUACCUAUCCAGCGUCGUGGCUCUCGCCACCGGCGCGCAGCAGGCGACCAUCAGCCUCGAGAACAAUGACGAUGACAACACGGAGCAGGACUACGGCAGCGACUUUGACACGAACCGCAAGUACCUGACCUUUAGCUGGUGGCUGCUGAACAAGGGCUGGGUCGACGUCAUGCACCGAGUUGAGAGUGCCGUGCGCACCGUCUUUGGGAGCCUCAGCCCAAGGGACCUGGUGAGCUUUGAACGCUUCGGCGAGCUCACCAUGGAGGUGAGGAAGCUCGUUGAGGGUGCCACACCCGAGGAGCGCCGGAGAUCAGACUGGCUCAAGUUCCUGCUCCCUCCUCAAGAACAGGAGGACGAGGUUAUCCGAGAGUCGGGUAUCCUCGAGGACAACGCGAUGCAGGUGGGCAGCAGCUCGGAGCCCGCGCUGAGGCGACUGCUCGACGAGACGGCGGACCUGAUAGAGUCGCCCUCCUUUUCGCACGUCCUGACCCUCAUCCUCGACGCCGGCUUCUCGGCGCUCGUCGACAAGAAGCUUGCCGUCGAGGCGUUCGAGCUCCCCCAGCAGGACGCCGGUCUGCUGUCCGCUAUGUCGGACCAGCGGCGCACCAAGCACAUCCUGCUGCCCAAGAUCCUGUCGGUCCUGACGCGCCAGGCGCACGCCAUCGGCAAUGGCAUGCCCAACCAGUACCUCGAGGAGAUGGAGACGGUGCGCGCCCUCGAAGCCUUUGCAGCCGUCGUCUACUCGAGCAACUGGGAGAACGAGAUCCGCGACGAGGGGCUCAUGGACAGCGCCGUGCACGUGAGCAAGGAGGACCUGGCAAGGAGCCAGAUGCCCGUCGCCGGCGAGCAGAGCAUCGUCAUGGUGGACGAGUCGGGCAGCUUGGAGAGCGCGUGGGAGAGGGCUGUGGAGCAGAAGCAAUGA